AUGGGUUCUGAAGGAUCAAGCGUCGUUGUACUGGUGGAGUGUUUGUGUUGGAUUUUUGCUUUUAGGUUUGCAAUUGUGCCUAGGAACUUCAGACUACUAGAGGAGCUCGAGAGAGGGGAAAAGGGGAUCGGAGAUGGGACUGUCAGUUAUGGAAUGGAUGAUGCCGAUGAUAUCUUCAUGCAGUCAUGGACAGGAACUAUAAUUGGUCCCGCCAAUACUGUUCAUGAAGGGCGUAUCUACCAGUUAAAAUUGUUUUGUGGCAAGGAUUAUCCAGAUAAUCCACCAAGUGUGAGGUUCCAAACUCGGAUAAACAUGACCUGUGUCAAUCCUGAAAGUGGAGUGGUUGAGCCUAGUCUAUUCCCUAUGCUUGCUAAUUGGCAGAGGGAGCAUACAAUGGAGGAUAUAUUGACCCAGUUGAAAAAAGAAAUGAUUGCUCCACAGAACAGGAAGCUCGCUCAGCCUCCUGAAGGAAACGAAGAGGCAAGGUUGGAAAAGGGGCUAGUUCUGAAGUGUUGUAUUCUCAAUGCUGACCAGCUGAGCCUUAUUGACGAUUUUAAGAAAAUCCGAGAGGAAAUGGUUCAGGUUGUGGUCGUGGAUAGUGAGGACGGGUUUCAAUUGGUGAAUGGGAGGAAGCUUAAGAAGUUAAUGAAGAAAGCCAUGAAUGAUGACUCAGUGAGUUGCAUUGUUCGUGACUCAGGAGUUAAAGUGACAGAUAACAAGAAGGGGAGUUUAGGAAAUAAAGCUAAGGUUAUUCAAUUUAGUUGGUGGGUUUGUGGUUGCGCAUUCAGAGGACUAUUCAGAGGCAAGUUAACUGAGCUUUGA